ACAAAGGCACAAUACACAAAACCAAAGAAGAAGAACAACCAAGAAAGAAAAAAGAAAAGAAGAGAAGAAGGAAGGCGGACGUGAAAGCAUAAAAUUAAAACGAGUUAAACCCACAAAGCUUUGAGAUACGCUUUCAUACACCUUCUCUUUCUCUCUCCUCAAAAACCAAUCUCUUCCUUCUUCUCUUCUCCUUUUUCUCUCUUUCUCUCUUCUUAUCAUCGUUUCUCUCUCUAACUUUCUCUCUCUUCCCUCAGCAAACCCAACCUCAACCCCUUGAGAAAUAAUCACUUGCACAAGAUUUCCCCUCAAAAACCCAAUCUUCCUUAUCUCUCUAACCCCAGAAGAGAGAGAAAAUCCGCCAUUGCCGCCCACCUUCGUUUCUUCACAAGAUCCACCUCUUUUGUUGUUCAUACCCCAGAAUUACACUUGGGUUUUUCUGGGUUUCUUUGAUUUUCCCCAAAUCGUUUGUUGUUCCAUGUGAUUUUUAAGUGGUGAGAGAAAAUUGAUGCCGCCGGAGCCAUUGCCGUGGGAUCGGAAGGAGCUGUUUAGGGAUAGGAAGCACAACCACGACUUUGGUGCUUCUUCGAGAUGGAGGGAUUCUUCUUCUUCUUCCUCUUAUGGCGGAUCCCGCAAUAACAAUAACAGCGAUUUUUCCCCUCGUUGGGGUUUUCCUUCCUCCGACUUUCGCCGUCCUCCUGGUCAUGGUAAGCAGGGUGGAUGGCAUAUGUACCCUGAAGAUCACGGGUAUUCCACACCUCGUUCAGCUGAUAGAUUUAUGGAUGAUAAUAAUAUGUUUAGACCUUCUGGGAUGCGUGGAGAUGGUAGAUAUGGUAGAUUUUAUAGGGAGAAUCGUCCCUCCUUUGGACAGAGAGAUUGGAGAGGGCAGUCUUGGGAAGGUAAUCACCAUCAUGGUGGUCCAGCAAAUGGAGUAGGCAGACCACAUACUGUCAAUGAUCAGAGGGCAGUUGGUGAUUCACCUGUGCGUGCUUCUCAUCCACACUCUGAUCCUCGAGAUCAGAUUCAUGCAAAGGAACAAGUUGAUAAAACGGGUGAUGCUAAUGGGUCUAGUUCUGGCCAAAAAGUCGAUAAAGAGAAUUUGCUGGGAUCUCUUGAUUGGAAGCCUCUUAAGUGGUCCCGUUCAGGAAGUUUGACGUCUAGGGGUUCUGGUUUUAGCCAUUCAAGUAGCUCUAAGAGUAUUGGAGGAGAGUCUAGUGAUGUGAAGUGUGAUUUGCCCCCCAAAAAAGUUACCCCUGUUCAGUCACCUUCUGGUGAUGCUGUUGCAUGUGCGCCCUCUGUUACUCCAUCUGAAGAAACAUCUUCUCGGAAGAAACCACGACUUGGAUGGGGGGAGGGGCUGGCCAAGUAUGAGAAAAAGAAAGUUGAUGGCCCAGAAGACAAUGUUAAAAGUAAUGCAAUUUCAGCUAGUAAUGUGGAACCCUCACAUUCGCUCCCCUCAAGUUUGGUUGUCAAGAGUCCCAAGAUGUCGGGUUUCUCUGAUUGUUCAUCGCCUGCCACACCAUCAUCUUUUGCUUGCAGCUCUUCACCAGGGCUGGAAGACAGAACUUAUGGGAAAGCAGUAGAUGCUGGUGGUGAUGCUAGCAACUUCAGUGUCUCAUCGAUGCCUGUUCAUGAGAGUCAGCUCGAAGGUUCACAUUUUAGGUUGGAAAAAUUGGAACUGAAGUCAGUCGCCAACUUGGGCUCUUUGCUCAAUGAAUUGCUACAGGCAGAUGAUCAAUGUUCUAUGGAUUCUGGUUUUAUGAGAUCCUCGGCUUUCAAUAAACUUCUGCUGUGGAAAGGCGAUAUCUCAAGGACAUUGGAGUUAACUGAAACUGAGAUUGACUCACUUGAAAAUGAAUUGACGUCAUUGAAGGCGGAAACUGAUAGAAGCUUCCAUCGUCCUGCAUCAUCAAAUUCAGGGCCUGCAGAUUAUAAAGAUGGACCAAGUGAUUGCCAAACUGUCUUCCCAAGACCACAUCCUUUGGAAGUGGUUUCAAAUGGGGAAAUGAUUUCGGAAGAUAGACUUCCUUGUGAUGAUGCAGGUGAAGUUCAAGCUGAAAGCAAGGAUGAGGAUAUUGACAGUCCUGGCACUGCUACAUCUAAAUUUGUGGAACCUCUUGUUCAAAAGUCCAUCUCCUAUGAUGUGUGCAAAAAUUCUUCCGGGGAAUCUGGGUUUGUUGAGUCUACCAAAAGUGCAAUGGAUUUGGGGACAUCAUGUCAAGGCCAUGAUAGAAGUGUAGUCCAAGUAAAUAACAUAAUUGCAAUUGAUAUUGAGAACCCUGGUGUGUGUGAUAAAAAAGUGGACAGUAUAUGUGAUACAGUUAUAGCUUCGAAUAAGGAAUUGGCUAAUAGAGCCUCGGAGGGGCUUCUUAAGUUAUUGCCUUGUUCUGAUUCGAUGGUGGCGAAUAGGGCUUCUUGCAUACCUGCUGAUUCCACAAUGAAGGAGAAGUUUUUGAGAAAGAAAAGGUCCCUCAGAUUUAAAGAGAGAGUGAUAUCACUGAAAUACAGGGCUUUUCAUCACCUUUGGAAGGAGGACUUGCGCUUACUUUCUUUGAGAAGUCACCGUGCAAAACCCCAGAAAAAGCCAGAUCCGAGUUCCCGUAUUCUGCAAGUAGGGAAUCAGAAGAAUCGGUCCUCCAUACGUUCACGUUUUACUUCACCAGCUGGAAGUUUAAGCCUGGUUCCGACAACCGAAAUCAUUAAUUUUACUGGAAAGCUGCUUUCAGAUUCCCAGGCCAAGGUUUAUAGGAAUGGUUUGAAGAUGCCAGCUAUGAUCUUGGAUGAAAAGGAGAAGAUGUCAAGGUUUUUGUCGAAUAAUGGAUUAGUUGAAGAUCCCUGUGCAGUUGAGAAGGAAAGAAGUUUGAUCAACCCCUGGACUUUUGAAGAGAAGGAGCUUUUCAUGGAUAAGCUAGCUACUCAUGGGAAAGAUUUUCGGAAAAUUUCUUCUUUUCUUGAUCAUAAGACUACUGCUGACUGCAUUGAAUUCUAUUACAAAAACCAUAAAUCAGAAUGUUUUGAGAAAAUCAAGAAGCUAGAGGUGAAAAAGAUAGGGAAGCCUAUAUCUGCCAACACAUAUCUGGUGACCUCUGGGAAGAAAUGGAGUAGGGAGAUGAAUGCUGCUUCUCUUGAUAUUUUAGGUGCAGCUUCAGUUAUUGCUGCUCAAGCUGACCAGGCCUUGGAAACUUCAAAGUUGCUUCUAGGAAAAUCUAGCAACAAGAGAUCAAGAGGAUCAGAUGGAAUCAUUGAAGAAUCUAGUAGUUUGUUUGGUGCUGAAGAUGAAAGAGAGACUGCGGCUGCUGAUGUUUUGGCAGGCAUCUGUGGUUCGUUAUCAUCAGAAGCAAUGAGUUCCUGUAUCACUAGCUCUGUCGAUCCUGGUGAAGGCAACCCGGAACGGAAGCACCAAAAGGUUGGUUCUUCCAUUAGACGGCCUUUGACUCCGGAGGUGACACAGAACGUUGAUGAUGAUGAUACUUGUUCAGAUGAGAGCUGUGGAGAGAUGGACCCUGUUGACUGGACAGAUGAUGAAAAGAUUUUGUUUGUGCAGGCAUUCUUGUCUCAUGGAAAGGAUUUUUUGAUGAUUUCUCGACGUGUGAGGACAAAGUCAAGUGAUCAAUGUAAAGUUUUUUUCAGCAAGGCACGGAAGUGUCUUGGUCUGGACAUUUUACCCUCUGGCAGUGGAGGAAAUCAUGCAAGCGAUGAUACUAAUGGGGGAGGAAGCGACACUGAAGAUGCUGGCAUUGUGGAGACUGGUUCUAUUGUCUGUAGUGAUAAAUCAGGUUCGAGAAUAGAUGAAGACCUGCUGCAGGUUAAUCAAGAUGUGUCAAAACCUGAUGUUACUAUUGAAUUGAAUGCGUUGGAAGAAAAUUGUGGUCCAGGACAGUUGGAUCAUAAAGAUUCUGAUUUGGUACUGAAAGAUUUGGUUCCACAAGGUCACCUGGCAGACGUCUCAGAUCCACUUGCUUGUUGUGGGAUGGUCGAUGUCAUGGUUAAGGACUCUGCUACAGCUGUUGAUACCAAAAGACCUGAAUUUCAUCUGAUGAUCCAGGAUGAUAAAACUAAGGUGAACACAUUACUUUGUAGAAGUGCUACUGAUGUUGCAUGUCACGAUUCAGGUGUUGCUGUGGAUAUGGAAGCUGCUUCUGGAAUCUCUGACAGCAUAUCAGAAGUGCAUGUAUCUUCUGCGCCCGUCAAAUUUGUAAAUCCUAGAGAUGGGUUGUUUAAAUCAUCGUCUGUGGGUAAUGUGCAUCAUCUUCUGUCUGGUAGCUCUAUGAUGAAUCAAAGUGAACUCUGUCGAGAUUUGAAAGGUUUCCCAUUAGACCUGUCAGUCAAGUCAGAAUUGCAUGAUGUUUGCACUGUUGGAGAUGAGAGUAUUGAUCAAUCAUAUCAACGUUCUUUUCUCAGAAAGUGUAGUCGUGCUGUAUCUCACAACUCAGUUGCUGAGCUUCCUCUUCUUCAACAGAGUGAAGAUGAACUUGGCUCCAGCUGCUCUUCAAAAACAGAGAAGUCAUGUAGAAAUGGUAAUGUGAAAUUAUUUGGAAAGAUACUCAGCAAAACAUCUUCAGUUGAUAAACCGACUUCUAAUGCCGUUUUGCAUGAUGAGAAGGCGAAGCACCAUUCCAAUCAAGAUGUAAAUGGGAAUUCUAUGAGCUUUGCUGAUGACCAUAAUAGUUUUUUAGGUCUGGAGAAUGUUCCAAUUAGGAGUUAUGGUUUUUGGGAUGGAACUAAGAUACAGACUGGUUUUCCGACUUUGCCCGAUUCAGCUUUGCUACUAGCCAAGUAUCCUGGUGCAUUUUCUAACUACUCAAUAUCCUCGCCAAAGUCAGAGCAACAACCCUUGCCAGCAGCUGUGAAUGGUAAUGAAUGCAAUAUGAAUGGUGCUUGUGUUUUCUCGCCGAGGGAGUUCAGCAGCAGUAAUGGCGGGAAUGUUAUAGAUUAUACGAUUUUAAGAAACCAAGAUGGUCUGCAGCCUUUUAGACUAGAUAUGAAGAAAAGGCCUGAGGAUGUCGUGUUCCCUGAGGUGCAAAGGAAUGGUUUUGAAUCUUUAAAGCAGCAGGGAAAGGGUGUGGUUAAAUUGAAUGUUGUACAGGGAGGAGAUAUUCUUGGAGGUUCAUGCAGUGGGAUUUCAGAUCCCGUUGCGGCUUUGAAAUUGCAUUAUGCCAGUCAACAGUAUGGUGGUGUCGGAGGUCACUCAGUAAAUGGGAUUGUUAGGGAGGAACCUUGGAGAAGCCAAGGAGGAGAUGUAGGGAGGUAGUAGGAAUGCCAGGGGUCUUUAACAGGAAGGCCCCCUGGUGUGGCAAAUCGUCUUUGUUUGCCACAGUUGUACAUUAGGUUUUUGUAUUGUUGAAUUCAUCUCCUUUGUUCUACUGAAAGAUUUAAUUUAGGUUGCCUUAGAUUGCUUGUAAUAUUGCAGGGUUUGCAUUUGUUGUAUUCGAUGGAAGAUACAAAAAAUAAUCUGGAAGAAAUUUUGGGAGGUGAGGAAUUCAUAGUCAAUCUUACGGCCUCCGUCCAUCUGUCAACAAAUUAAUAGUCUAAUGUUUUUGUUCAUAUGCAGUUCUAAGUUUAAUGAAAGAGAAGAUCAUAGUUCUGGUUAUUA